CCUAAGUCGAAGAUUAACCUCCUUGAUUAAGUCUAUGAUGUAAACAUAAUUAAAUGAAGAAUGGAAAUAGAAUGCAAGGACUUCCAAACAAAACUUGAGAAUAAAUAAACUUCGUCGACACUUCACUAAAAGUUCAAUUCUUUCAUUGUUUUAGUUUUAAGUUAGAAUGUCUAAAAGAAGCGUAGCAUUUAUAAAGCCAGAAGAACCUAGUUUCCUUAAGAAGUUGAAAGCUGAGGUGGGUUAUCAAGAAGGUCCAACAAUAGAUACCAAAAGGGAAGAACUCGAAAAUUUUGAAGAGAAGGAUUUCGAGGAAAACGCUGAAGAGCAACCAACAGUUGUAGUUUUGAAAGCAGGGGACUUGACAGCAGAAGAAGUAGCUGCAGAAAAAGAUAGACUUGAAAGAGAAGAAGCCUCUGCACCUGCAGAUUUGACUAAACCAAUAAUUUUCAAAGUUCCUCUUAAGGAAGGAACUAAUGAUACUAAAAACUCUAAAAGUGUCAAUAUAAAACCUAAAAAAAGCUCCAAGAAAGCUUUAGAUAAGAGACUGCUUUCUUUUGAUAAUGAAGAGGAUGAUGAUGUGUGAGAUUUAAUUUCUAGCCAUUCUUCUCAGUAAACAUCUUGAAACUUGUCUCAUAAAUAAUUUUAUAAUGCAAUGCACAUAGGAUAAUCUAUGCAGUUGUAUAAAAUUUUCCAUUUAAAAAAAAAGUAGGAUAAGAUUGUCCAAUAGGUACUAGUGAAAUUAUUUAUUUAUAUGUAUUUCAAUAAUUGUAACAGAUUGGUAUAGAAAAUCCAACAAAAUAGAAACAAAAGAAAACGAAAUAUAUGUGUAUGAUAAAUAUAUAAUUAUUCACCUGUACAAAUAUUUUCUUGUGAGAAUGUGCUGGUGAAGGAAACUUGAAAUGCAUACUUUGUGUGCAAGUUCCAAUAGAAUUUUAAGAUGCUGUAGAACUUCUACAAAUGCUUCUAUUGAAAGAAUAUCACAGAACACUGCAUUUGAAAUUAACAUUUUACUACUCCACACAUUGUAAAUACAAUAAUUUCUGUUCACAAAUAAAUAAAUUUUGAUUAAAUAUU